UUUCGGGCCCUCUUCGUCUUGACGUGGCGACUGCCGCCAUAUUGAACCGCUGCGUCGUCACUGGUGAGGAGAAACGGUCCCGAGAGGAGCCUUUACCUGUCAGUGCCACACCUGUUCCCCCCCCGCCCCCCGCGUUGCCAUGGCGACCUUCGCGGAGUACAUCGCUCAGAACGAGGAGCGCGACGGCAUCCGCUUCAGCUGGAACGUGUGGCCGUCCAGCCGCCUGGAGGCGACCCGGAUGGUGGUGCCGGUGGCGGCCCUGUUCACCCCCCUGAAGGAGAGGAUGGACCUGCCCCCCAUCCAGUACGAGCCCGUCCUGUGCAGCCGGGCCACCUGCCGGGCGGUCCUCAACCCCCUCUGCCAGGUGGACUACAGGGCCAAGCUGUGGGCGUGCAACUUCUGCUACCAGAGGAACCAGUUCCCUCCAUCGUACGCCGGGAUCUCCGAGGUGAACCAACCCGCGGAGCUGCUGCCGCACUUCUCCACCAUCGAGUAUGUGGUCCAGCGCGGGCCUCAGAUGCCAUUGGUCUUCCUGUAUGUGGUGGACACCUGCAUGGACGAUGAGGACCUGCAGGCUCUGAAGGACUCCCUGCAGAUGUCCCUGUCUCUGCUGCCCCCCACCAACCUGGUGGGGCUCAUCACCUUCGGACGCAUGGUUCAGGUUCAUGAGCUGGGCUGCCAGGGGAUCUCCAAAAGCUACGUCUUUAGGGGGACCAAGGACCUGAGCGCCAAACAGCUGCAGGAGAUGCUGGGUCUCGCAAAACCCUCGGCAGCUCAGAGUCGGGGUCCUCAAACGGCGGCGCAGCCUCCUCUGACCAACAGGUUCCUGCAGCCGGUCCAGAAGAUUGACAUGAGCAUGAUGGAUCUCCUGAGCGGCCUUCAGCGGGACCCCUGGCCCGUCACACAGGGCAAGAGGCCACUGCGCUCGCUGGGCGUCGCCUUGUCCAUCGCUGUGGGACUCCUGGAGUGCACCUUCCCCAAUGCUGGGGCUCGGAUCAUGACGUUCAUUGGGGGCCCGGCGACGCAGGGGCCCGGCAUGGUGGUAGGGGAUGAGCUGAAGACCCCCAUCAGGUCCUGGCAUGACAUCGAGAAGGACAAUGCCAAGUUCAUGAAAAAAGCCACCAAGCACUUUGAGUCUCUGGCCAACAGAGCGGCGGCCAGCGGACACAUCAUCGACAUCUACGCCUGUUCGCUGGACCAGACGGGGCUGCUGGAGAUGAAGUGUUGCCCCAAUUACACGGGAGGCUACAUGGUGAUGGCCGACUCCUUCAGCACGGCUCUGUUCAACCAGACGUUCCAAAAGGUCUUUGGCAAGGAUGUUCAGGGCAGCUUCCGGAUGGCUUUUAGCGGCACACUGGAGGUCAAGACGUCCAGAGAGAUCAAAGUGUCCGGAGCCAUCGGCCCCUGUGUGUCCUUGAAUGCCAAAGGACCCUGCGUCUCUGAGAACGAGAUCGGGACUGGAGGAACCUCGCAGUGGAAGAUCUGCGGUCUGGAUCCCAGCACUACCCUGGCUCUCUACUUUGAGGUCGUCAACCAGCACAACGCCCCCAUUCCUCAGGGCGGCCGGGGGGCCAUCCAGUUCGUCACCCAGUACCAGCACUCCUCUGGACAGAGACGCAUCCGGGUCAGCACCACAGCCAGGAACUGGGCGGACGCUCAGACUCAGAUCCAGAGCAUCGCAGCGUCCUUCGACCAGGAGGCGGCUGCCGUUCUGAUGGCGAGGUUGGCGGUGUAUCGGGCUGAAACGGAGGAGGGGCCGGACGUGCUCAGGUGGCUGGACCGACAGCUGAUCCGACUGUGUCAGAAGUUUGGAGAUUACCACAAAGACGACCCAACCUCCUUCCGGUUCUCCGAGACCUUCUCUCUGUACCCCCAGUUCAUGUUCCACCUGCGGCGCUCUCCGUUCCUGCAAGUGUUCAACAACAGUCCGGACGAGAGCACCUACUACCGACACCACUUCAACCGGCAGGACCUGACCCAGGCGCUCAUCAUGAUCCAGCCCGUGCUCUACGCCUACUCCUUCAACGGACCCCCCGAGCCGGUUCUGUUGGACAGCAGCAGCAUCCUGCCGGACCGGAUCCUGCUCAUGGACACCUUCUUCCAGAUCCUCAUCUAUCACGGAGAGACGGUGGCUCAGUGGAGGAAAGCCGGUUACCAGAACAUGCCCGAGUACGCCAACUUCCAGAAGCUGCUGGACGCCCCCCAGGACGACGCGCGGGAGCUGCUGCACACUCGCUUCCCCAUGCCGAGAUACAUCGACACGGAGCAAGGCGGCAGCCAGGCCCGCUUCCUGCUGUCCAAAGUCAACCCGUCACAGACCCACAACAACAUGUACACCUGGGGACAGGAGUCUGGCGCUCCCAUCCUGACCGACGACGUCAGCCUGCAGGUGUUCAUGGACCACCUGAAGAAGCUGGCGGUGUCCAGCGCCGCCUGAACCUGGUGCAGCCCACCUGUCAGCGCCCCCUCCCCCGAAUUCAGUGUCAUAGCUGCAUUUGCUGCCUGGGCUUUAAAGAACAACCAUCGUACACUCCGACUGACCUUCACCUGACAGUGACCCGAGGCCCCGAGCUCUGCUGUUGAUUGCCUAAUUCUUUGCUUUUCAUUUUUAACCUUUACCACCUGAAGUAGGCGGAGCUUCUGGCAGCUCACUGAGCUUUUCAGCCUGUCAGAUCUUUGGCUUCUCCCAGAAUGCUCUCUGCCUGAGGAGCUCCCCGCAGACGGGAACCUGUCAUGGUCGACUGAUGCAAACCUCUGAACAUUUGACUGAGAGUCCACUUGAAAACAUUUCCACACCAGCCUGAUUUGUUGUUCUCCAGCGUUCGUGGACUCCCGCCUGCUGCCUGGCUCCACGGCGCCGCGUUCACCUCAGACGUCAAGUGCAGGCCGGGGAGCAAACCCGCCGGUUUCUCUGUUUGUGUUUGUAAUAAAAGUUUUCUGAGAAAAA